AUUCAGUGAGCCAGUCAGUAGGCAAGAAAGCACAUUGCUCGUAGAUACUGACUUUCUAUUAUUGUAUUACCUGUCAAAGCCAUCGUAUUGAUCAAACAACAAUGCGAGUCAUGUGAUCUCGUCCUUUGGGGAGCAGACGACAGUUGUUUCUACGGUAGUCAAGCGAGAGGGACAGUUUCAGACUGUUGAGUUCCGAGACACAUGAAAUAACGCGCAGGAUAUUUUCACCAAAAUUCGUGAUUAUGAAUCGGAAAGGUUCAAGCGUCGCUUCUCUCGGAGCCCCAUCCGAAAACAGAAGGAUGUCGAUGGCGAAAGGUUUUGGUGCCUCAAACGAAGCUUUAAGAAGGCCAAGCAUCGCCCCGAAACAGAGUGUUAGCGGUGGACCUUCUUUGGUUGGUCUCCUGGCUUCGAAACGUCUGGCCAAGAGACUGACCUCGAGGUUCUUCGACAAGAGAAGAGGGCCGUUCGGUUCGCGUCUUUCUUCACAAACCCAGAUCCAUGUUCAGAAAGAACCAAGUUAUCGAAUGGAACCGCAUAAGAAGUUUUCACCGGAAAGGGUUCGAGGUGUUAUCGAAGAAGUUUUGGAUGGGAAGCUUGAGCGUUUUAAGUAUAACCCGAAGUUUUGUGCCAAUAUCAGCAAGGUUCUAUCGGAUGAAAUCAAAGACAAAGUGAAACUGUUGGGGUUUGACCGUUAUAAGAUUAUCUGCCAGGUCCAUAUUGGCGAGAAGAGAGAACAGAGUGUUGUCACCUGUAGCAGGUCCGUCUGGGACGACAACCUCGAUAACUACGCUACCUACACCUUUCAGAACAACUACAUCUUCUGCACGGGAACUGUGUUUGGUGUGUACAGCGAGUGACGUGGUCGUUCUGGUUCUUACAUCGCCGUCCGUGAUUCUGACAUCAGUAAGAGAACCCUAAGGAUAAACUAAAAAUUUGGUUUGUAGACAUCGGAAAAAUGUUCGGUGGGUGUCAUUGAAUGGAACGUUUAAUGAAGUAAUAUCAACUUUCGUCUACUUCGUAUGUGUUUGAGAGAGAAUAGUUGAACAUUUCUGUCAAUUGGGUCUGAUUGGUAAACAAAAAUACAUAUCAUUCGAUACAUCGAACAGCGGUGAAGAAAAUGCAUAUCUCUUCUAGGUUAGAUAAUGUUAGAUAAUGGUGUAACGUGACAUGCCAUGCUCUUGGUACAUCCGUAUUAAUAACGUGUCACGAUGUUAUCAAAUUUAAGCGAAGUAUUAAACCGUUGUGUUCGGGGCAGAUCCAGGAUUUUGCAAAAGGAUAUUGGUGAUGAUUAUGAAGAGGAUAUGCAAAGGAUCGUUUGUCUGAUACCCUGUGUAUCAAGGAUCUGGUUGUUAGGGAGGCUUCAACAAGUAGUUACCUGUUCUUUUUACAAAUUCGUAUAACUGUAUGCUGGGCAGUGAGCUACUAUGGUCAACAAUCAUCUACAGUGUUAUUGGUGUGCCAAGGAUAACCCGAACCGUUAUUUUGAAGAUGUGCCAACGAUUGAUUUGGAAUUGACUGUGAUAAAUACCAAUCACGGUAUUCGAUUGUGAUGUAUUUGACACGUGUAUCAUAGUUGUAUUUUGGACCUUAAGUUUGCAGUGUUUUGGCGACUGUUUCAGCCUAGUAACGUUUUGAUAACUUUUGAAAUGUUUUUGGUAAAAUACAAGUGUAUUCUUUCUUUUGUUUAACAUGUUAUAUGUCCGUUACUUUGGGGUAUUAUGGCCAGUAUACAGUGACUUGUGAAGCAGGGUCGCCUGUGAAACUAUUCACUCUACGUGUUACACGCCAAAAUGAAUACUGUAAAGUACGGUUAUAACGAACUCAAAAGGACCACUAAUUCUUGUUCGUUAUAACCGUAGUUCGUUAUAAGCAUAUAUACAGCAGCAUGUAUACAGCAAAUGGCCUGGACUCAAAACUCCGUCAGUUCGUUAUAAGCGUGUUCGUUAUAAACAUAGUUUACUGUAAUUAGCCACGAAAACGUCAUGUUUAUUGUCGUUGUGAAGCAACUCCAACUUCAACGGCAAUAGCGCUGAAUUUGACACCUAGAUUUAUACCUAAAAUCAAAUUAAAUCUUAUCACUUAAACAUGAGUCGUGGGUAUUUAGUGCAUAAUGAUUCAGUUUAUUGUCUGUGCUUUAACACUGUAUGGAGUUAGAUAAGUAAUCUACCCUUAUUAAACGUCAGCGGUGUUUGGAGUACGUGAUGAAUUAUAUCUCGCUACUUCACAGCGUACUGCUCACCAAUGAUAUGUAGCAACUAUUAUUUGGAUACGACAAUAAAAGUCUAAUUAAAGCUAUUAAAUUACUUCUUUACAGAAACCGUCAAUGUUGUUUUCUUCAUGUUGCCUUUAGUUUGACUUCAUUUAGUAAUUUAAAUUCACCCCGGCAUUGACACAUGUAUACCAGUAUGACACAAAUCACCUUGAAUAUGGAUACACCUUAUCCUGCAGUGCUUCAUCUAUCAAAUAAUGGCAUAAGGGGUGAAGUGAGAAGGGUCAGAAUCACACGAGCACCAACAGGCUACUCGAGUACUCGUACCAAAGCACCUGACAUUCGUUGAUCUAAUUACCGUUCACAAAAAAACACCCGUUUGUUUACGACCGUUGACAUAAACUUGAACCCAUCUUAAAAGCAAGCCUCGCAGUGGAAUUCCAUUUCUGCACACAUCAUCAAGUACCAGUUAGGAUGUAUGUAUAGAAACGUAACCUUAUGACGUAAACCUUGAUUGAGGAAUCAGCAGUGCUUGAAAUAGACACUCGAUGACUACCUUUAAAUAUAUUUUAUUUGCUGUCACGCAGUUAUCACUUUAAGGAUAAUUCUAGGAGAAUUGAAACAACGUUUUGCAACUAAGUGAGUGGGUGAGUUGGGUUUAACGCCGCUUUUAACAGUGUACCAGUCAUAUCACGGCGUGUCAGCUUAAUGUGGGAGGAAAGCCCGAAGGGGUGCAGG